ACACUUUGACGUGGACACGAACAACAAACGAACAGACACGGCAGCAAACGAUUCUAGCUCAUUUAAGUGGAAAUUUUCGAUCAAAGCGGAGAACCCGAACCCAGCAAAUUUCACAAGACAUGGACAAGGUUGUUAAAUUCGCCGAGCCAGGACGCGUCUUCGCCAAGGACUCGAUCCGUCUGGUCAAGCGCUGCACCAAGCCCGACCGCAAGGAGUUCCAGAAGAUCGCCAUCGCCACCGCCAUCGGCUUCUGCAUCAUGGGCUUCAUCGGCUUCUUCGUCAAGCUGAUACACAUCCCCAUCAACAACAUCAUCGUGGGAUCCUAAGUCCAAGGAACCUGGCGACUGCAGAUUCAAAUCAUCCAUUCUAGCAUAUUUCAGAUAAAUUUUUUCGUUUAGUAAACAUGCAUUAUAUAGAUAGAGAGAAACUAUGUGCAUUCAGCGAAUGUCUUGAUUACAAAAUUUUCAUACAUGUGAAAACGUAUUGUAAAUUUUCAAAAUUCCAUUAAUAACUCUUUGUUGAGGUGCAUGAACAAGUUAGUUAUUAAGAUCCAAUUGUAAAAAUGAUGAACCAUACACGUUUCCAUAGCAUUUGUUGGGGGCUUGUAGACCCGUUAAUAAAUGUCAAAUCGAUUUUCCAAAUAAAAA